AUGAUCGACUGGUCCAAUGCGACGGCGUCCGGCCACCAGGAGCCGGGCCGGAAACCUGAGGAGCUGCAGAAGUCCAAAUGUGUCCUGGGCUUCGUCCCGGUCAUCUACUACAGUGUUCUGCUUUGUGUGGGCGUCCCAGUGAACAUCCUCACGGCCGUGGCGUUGUCCCGGCUGGCGUGCCGCACCAAGAAGGCUCUGUACUACUACCUUUUGGCGGUGACGGGCUCGGACAUUCUCUCGCAGCUCUUCAUCAUCUUCGUGGGCUUCCUGCUGGAGACGGCGGUCUUCCACCGCGACGUGCCGCUGCUCCUGCUGCGCUCCGUCAGCGCCGCCGAGUUCGCCGCCAACCACGCCUCCAUCUGGUCCACCGUGCCGCUCACCGUGGACCGCUACGUGGCGCUGUGCCACCCCCUCCUCCACCGCCAGAUCAGCUACCCGGCGCGCGCCCGCAAGAUCAUCGCGGCCGUCCUGGCGCUGUCUCUGGCGUCGGGCGUGCCCUUCUUCUGGUGGUCGGACAUGUGGCGGAACAGCCACCCGCCCACGGCCCUGGACGCCGUGCUCAUCUGGACCCACGUGACCAUCAUAUACUUCCUGCCCUGCAGCAUCUUCCUGGUGCUGAACUCUCUGAUCAUCCGCACGCUGAGGGCGAGGACGCAGCCGCAGCGCGGCGAGGAGCAGCGCGGCCCCAAGUCGGCGCCUCCUCGCCGCCUCGGUAAAACCACCGCCAUGCUGCUGGCCAUCACCUCCGUGUUCUCGGUGCUGUGGGCCCCCAGGACCGCGGUGGUCAUCUACCACCUGCACGUGUCCUCGGUCCACCGGGACUGGCGCGUCCACCUGGCCUACGACCUGUCCAACAUGCUGGCCAUGCUCAACACGGCCGUCAACUUCUUCCUCUACUGCUUCGUCAGCACGCCGUUCCGCGGCGCCGUGCGGGACGUGGUUCUGCUGCGGUGGGGCCCGCUGUACCCGCGCCGCGCUCUGCCUCACCCGCAGGCCGCCAUGAACGCCUCCAUCUCCUCUCUGUACAGUGGGAACAACAAGCGCUCGCAGCGGGACUCCACCCCCUUGUCACCCCACAGGGCCAGAAAGCCCUCGUGACCCCGUGACCCCUCCCUCUUAAUCCAGAACACCCGUCCCACGGUCCCGCAGCACUUCUGACCCCAGAAGCUGCAUUCCAGCUCCGGCGGUGGACAGAUGCCAAUCAGCCGGAGGCCAAAGGGGCCUCAUGAGGAGUCUUACAACACCGGCUGUUGUUGGUCCGUUUAAAUCAGAUAACCUAAGACAGCUUAUUUUGACUAAUUAAUAGUAGGGUUUUUUUCCAUAUUUGGUCGCAAUGUGACAAAAGUGUUUCAAGUUGUUACGAGAAAGAAGGAGAGAAUGACGGCGUGUUUUCUGUGUGGUUAGUGAGACCCAGGAGACGAAUGGGAGGAAGGAGCUGCAGCUGAGUGUAAUCAAUUCAUCCACCCGACCCCACCGUUAUCAGUCUCAACUGUCGCUGCCGUUGUGUAAAGAAGCCGAUGUCCAAAAAGACGGUCCGCCCUGCUGAGCAUCGGCAGGAGAGCGAAGAUGUCACGUCUGGUUGUUCAUGAAAUGCAACGGGACGGAGCCUCGAAGGGAAGCUCUCCAGGAGAGGAGCUGCUCUUCACCAGCAGCAAGGCCUCAGCGCUGCUAAACACACCUCAGAUUAGCCUGAUGGUCUGCACACACACACACACACACACACGUCCGCUAGUACUUUUCCAUUUGCUACAUCAGGAAUGUUUAAAUAACGUAUCUUUGUAAAGAACCGAUCUGCACUUAUUCUAACAGCUAGUUUGUCUAAAUGUCUCUUUAAGUUUUCUGCAAACUAAAAAAUAUGAUUAACGUCAACGUUGUUACUAUCGGUCUAGUUUAUUAAAAGUUAUGCUCAUGAAACGAGAAUA